AUGGAUACAAUCACUAUUGUUCGCGAAAUUGGCAGAAAACGAGCAGCUAACCAAUUCUACCGCACCUGCCAUUUCCUUCUACAGGAGCUACGGCGACGGGUGCUCGACAUCAACGACGAACUUAUCCUACUUCAAUGCGAGCCAUUGUGUACACCGAUUACCCUGCAUGCUAUGCGCAACUUGUCACAUGCUCUAGAAAAAGCGGUUGAUGAGGGGUUGAGAACGGAGUCGAUAGCUCUUGAAACCCUAGAAAGUCUCCAACCAAAGAGCAGCACAUGA